ACGGGCAGCCGGGCGUGAGGGUCCCAGGACGGAGACGGGCCUCUUGGCCCAGCACUGGGCACUUCGUGAGGGUUCUGAGAGAAACGGCUUUCCUUAAGAGGCCCCUUUCCGGACGUUUGCCCAUAAGCCACAGACCCAGCCGUCCGUCCCGCCCAGCUCCUGGACGUUGGUGGUGACAGUCCCAUGUGUCCGAUCUGAUAGUUCAGUCGUUUCAGUGCAGUUUCUCGCACUGAAGGAGUCAGGCGCUCAGAUGUCCCCCCAGGACUCUGUGUCAGGCUCCCCAGCUUGCCCAGCACAAGACCAGAGAGAUUCUCCCGGAUGUCUGGGCAGGGUCAGCGCAGAAAUCGCCUGACCCUGUCCAGGACCCCCAGCGAAGCCCCCAGGCUCCUGGGUCCACCCCAGGAGGGUUAGGUGCCCAUUUGUCUUAUCUUCUGUCAAGGCAGACAGCCGGACUUUGAAGACAUUUGUGGCUGUCAAGGGAUAACUUGCCACCUUCGGUGCUUUCUCAGACCUUUACUUGGUAGAAGCUGGUAGAGAAGCACCCCGACCCGGCCAGCCGGGGCUUCGGAGGAGAGCGGGCGAGACUCCCAUGCUUCUGUAGCUGCACCUGCGUCACCUUUGUGAGAGGGAGCAUGGCUUUGUGUGGGUAGACUCUGACCUUGGCCCUGGCCAGACCAGGCCGUUGCCCCACAGCCCAAAACCACAAAUCGUGGUGACGGAGAAACCCUUGACCUGGUGCUGCCCUGAAUUCUUUGUAUCCCUGGCCUCGCCCGUCCAGUGGGCACAAGGGCCAGCCUUGCUGCUGGGUUUGAACUUUCCUCUUCUCUUACAACAGGGCCAUAGCCCCGCACAGGUUUGUCUGCAGGGCCUGGUGUGCUGAGGUCACAGGUGGCAUUGAGUAGGAUGGCUCUGUACACACAGUGGCCUGGGUCACCUGGAGAAUCGGGGACAGCUUCACCUGCUCAGAAGGCGAUGCGAGGAGAGAAGGGGCAGAGCGGGCCCGAGGACCCAACUCAGGGCCUGCGAGAAGCGUGUGGGCCCCCCCCAGUGCACACAGAGCGUGCGGGAGCCUUAGCCACUCUUAAGCCUGCCUGAUUUAAGGAUAAAAGCUCUAGAACCAGGUGGCAGGGCGGUGACCGUCGGCCCCAGAGAGCGAAGUGUGACUGAUUUUCGGGCGGCCGCGUGGAGAGGGUAGGCUUCCAAAGUCAGGAAUUGCCCCCAUCGUGUCGUGUCUUUGGCUGGGCUUCAUUUCCAGUUGGCCCCGGGGACUAUGCACCUGUCUCAGGGUUGCGAGAUUAGCCCACCCCUGAAUCAGCUUGAAGGGACCCCCGUGGUACUUUGCAUGGGGUGGAGCUAGUGGCCAGCAGUCCCAGCAGCACUAAGAAGGGGCCGUCCCCGUGCGCUCUUCAGCCCUGAGGUCUGCAGGCCUUGCCCCUGGGCACAGCUGGACGCCCACCGCACCUGCUGCCUCUGGCCCUGGACCCAGGGACCCACGGUGUGGAGAGCUGAGCUCCCCGUUCCACGCAAAGCCCAGGCCCAGUGGCCAGGGAGCAGUCCCCCGUGGAGGCUUCUCCAAGGUCCCGAGCACAGAGGAGAUGAACUGUGCCUCCUAGCCGCCCACGGGCCACCUAGUCCCUGCCCUCCUCAGCCCAGGGAUUGACCCCCCUGCCCUCUCCACAGCUAUGACAUGGUGCAUUACGGCCACUCGAACCAGCUGCGCCAGGCCCGAGCCAUGGGCGACUACCUCAUCGUGGGUGUGCACACCGACGAGGAGAUCGCCAAGCACAAGGGGCCCCCAGUGUUCACGCAGGAGGAGAGGUACAAGAUGGUGCAAGCCAUCAAGUGGGUGGACGAGGUGGUGCCUGCGGCUCCCUAUGUCACCACGCUGGAGACGCUGGACAAGUACAACUGCGACUUCUGUGUCCACGGCAAUGACAUCACAUUGACCGUAGAUGGCCGGGACACCUAUGAGGAAGUGAAGCAGGCUGGGAGAUACAGAGAGUGCAAACGCACCCAGGGCGUGUCCACCACAGACCUCGUCGGCCGCAUGCUGCUGGUGACCAAGGCUCAUCACCGCGGCCAAGAGAUGACCUCGGAGUGCCGCGAGUACGCAGACAGCUUCGGCAGGCCCCCUCACUCAACACCUGCCAGGGAGAUACUUUUCUCAGAAGGCUCCUCUCAGUGCCCGGGGGGGCGGAACCCCUGGACAGGGGUGUCCCAGUUCCUACAGACUUCCCAGAAGAUUAUCCAGUUUGCUUCUGGGAAGGAGCCUCAGCCAGGGGACACGGUCAUCUACGUGGCCGGCGCCUUUGACCUGUUCCACAUCGGGCACGUGGACUUCCUGGAAAAGGUGCACGGCCUGGCGGAGAGGCCCUACGUCAUCGCCGGCUUGCACUUUGACCAGGAGGUCAACCAGUACAAGGGGAAGAACUAUCCCAUCAUGAACCUGCACGAGCGGACGCUGAGCGUGCUGGCCUGCCGGUACGUGUCGGAAGUAGUGAUCGGGGCCCCGUACGCGGUCACAGCAGAGCUCCUGGACCAUUUCAAGGUAGAGCUGGUGUGUCACGGGAAGACGGAAAUCAUGCCUGACAAAGAUGGCUCUGACCCGUACCAGGAGCCCAAGAGAAGGGGCAUCUUCUGUCACGUCGACAGCGGGAACGAUCUCACCACAGACCUCAUCGUCCAGCGCAUCAUCAAGAACAGGCUGGCGUACGAGGCCCGGAACCAGAAGAAGGAGGCCAAGGAGCUGGCUUUCCUGGAGGCCGCGAGGCAGCAGGGGGCGCGGCCCGAGAGGGAGCGCGACUGUGACCUCUGACGGAGCUGGCCGGUCGCCAGGAGCCCUCGAGUGCGGCCCUCCCCUGCUCUGCUCCCCGCACCUCCAGUCUGGCUUGUGUCGGCUCCUGCGAUCGUCACCGAGGCUGCAGUGUCCCCCGUCUGACUGGCCUGGCCCACAGGGCCCCAGGGUGCAGCAGGCCUUGUGCCCUUUCUCCUAAGCUGCGCAGAGGGCGUUGGGCAGCGGGCAGGCGGGGCGAGCACAGGGCACCACUGACCCCAGGGGUGCCACCCUGAGUGCGCGGAGACCCAGCUUCCAUCCUGCUGGCCCCGCUGCUGCUCCCCCACCCGCCCCCAGGGGUCUUGCGUACUCAAGACCCCACUUCCUGCCCACACAGGUCGGAAGGAGCCUCGGGAACAGACUGGCGGGGCCCCCUCCUGCUGUCCCCGAAGAUUCUCGAUUUUGUACAUAACUGGCUGGCGUGCAACCAAUAAACGUGGCGGGAGGCCCUCUGUUAGCUGUCA